GCCUCGCUGCCAGCGGGCCCGGGGCCGCCGAGCCGGCGAGCGCGCAGGCCAGGCCGAAGCUCCGGUGCCGGCGCGGCUGGGGUCGGUCUGUGGCCAUGGGGGCGUCCGCUCGGCUGUUGCGCGCGGUGAUCAUGGGAGCUCCGGGCUCGGGCAAGGGCACCGUGUCUUCGCGUAUCAUCAAGCAUUUCGAGCUGAAGCACCUCUCCAGCGGGGACCUGCUGCGACAGAACAUGCUGCGAGGCACAGAAAUUGGUGUGUUAGCCAAGACUUUCAUUGAUCAAGGGAAGCUCAUUCCAGAUGAUGUCAUGACUCGGCUGGCCCUUCAUGAGCUGAAAAAUCUCACUGAGCACAGCUGGCUGUUGGAUGGUUUUCCAAGGACACUCCCACAGGCAGAAGCUCUGGACAGAACUUAUCAGAUAGACACCGUGAUUAACCUGAACGUACCCUUUGAGGUCAUUAAGCAACGCCUUACUGCUCGCUGGAUUCACCCAGCCAGUGGCCGUGUCUACAACAUUGAGUUCAACCCUCCCAAAACUGUGGGCAUCGAUGACCUGACCGGAGAGCCUCUCAUUCAGCGUGAGGACGACAAGCCAGAGACGGUCAUCAAGAGACUGAAGGCAUACGAGGCUCAAACGGAGCCGGUCCUGGAAUAUUACCGGAAAAAAGGGGUGUUGGAAACGUUCUCUGGAACAGAAACCAAUAAGAUCUGGCCCAGCGUAUAUGCUUUCCAACAAAGAUUCCAGAAACACACCAGAAGGACUCCGUCACUCCAUGAGGAGAAACGCACAUCACCAGGAAGAGAGCAGGAGCUGCUUGUGCUCACCUCCAGAAACCCCUCUGCCUAGGGCUCCAGCACGUGUGAAUUCUUUGGAAAUUGUGUCUUAUGUCUACUAUUUUUUUUGGGAUACUACUAAGGAUGUGCCAAAUGAUCAAAUAGAAAAUAUUCAUCUUUUAUGACCCUCUAAUAUGUUUUAUCCAGUUAUCUUUGAUAGGUUAUUCAAGAACAGCAGGAUGGCUAAUCUUUUGAAAACCUGGGGAAAGCAAAAAUGUGAAAGUCAUUGAUAGCAAUCAUUUUGUUUGAUAAAGACAAGUAUUUGAUAAGAUUUUCGUUUUCUGGAAAAGUUUAGUCAUUUCUGGCACCGUGGGACAUGGUUUUGUGAGACAUUCUAUUAAAUUAUAGAAAAAAAAGCAACUGGAACUACAGAUCUGCUACAAGAUGCAAAUUCACUGAUGCCUUUACACUAAGAAACUUACAAGUUAGCCAAAUGUGCUGUAUCUAUGUUGUUGGUAAGGGUACCUUCCGUUUACUCAGAAUUUCCAGUUUGCCAUAAAUAUCUGUCAGCAUAAGGGAAGAUAGUACUUUAAUAAUGACGCUUUCUUCUGAAAAUAUAUGUCUUGAGGCAUGAUUUAUGUCAGAAAUUUGACAUUAUCAGUUCUUGGAUAAGCACCAAAGUUGAACCAGUUUUCAAUGGAAAAUGUAAUAAAGUUUUACAUUUUCAACUAUUACUCAGGUUAAGAAAUUUGUUAAAGAAAUCUAUGUCCUUUCUCUUUUUGACCAAAUGUGUGAUCUGCCUUGAUAAGUAACAAGUUACAGUAAAAAAAAAGAAGAAACCCAUGUUACUACAUAAAGUAGGGGUACUUUAUCCUCUGGAAAUAGGUUAGACAUGCUUGGGGUAUGUUCUCUUGACCCAAGUAGCCUUCAUAAUUAGUAAGCAGGCACAGCCAUAAAACGAAUUAAAUGUUAUGUUAAAAAGGACCAGGAAAAUAACUGAGUAUUCCUGAUUGAAGAAAUCUCCUGGCAUUCACAGCCACCAUAUUUUAAGAGUGGAAAAAAAAUCUCUGCUGAUGUCAUCUGAGCAGCCACUGUGAAAUCUUAAUCAUUUUAGGCUCCUCACUGGGGCAACAAGGAUGCACAUGUGUGGACUGUGGUCUGGGAAGAGAAAUGGAUAAUACGAAAAGUGGCGGAAAACCCAAUCAUAUCUUCCAUGGGAUACUCUGUAUUUGACUUGGUGCUAAAUGAAAUGAAACAAGCCUUAGUACAAACUGGCAUUAACUGCCUUUGCAAAUCUGGUCCACUGUAUUCUACACAUUUAAAAUGUAAAUGUCCGCAAGUGGUUCUUACAUUUGGGGGAGGGGGGGGAAUCUUACUUUUCUUAUGAUUUUUUUUAAAAUUCACUGUUGAUUUUUCCAAAAGGACCAAGGCUUUUAAAAAAGAUUAUAACAAAUAUCAUCCUUUAUAAUACUUUCUAUAAUGCUUUAUUUGAAUGUUACAAUUAUGUGCUUUCUAAAAAUAUUGUUAACUAUUAUGUUUAUGAAUAUCACUAGGUUAUCAGGCAUACAUUAUUUUCUAUUAGAAUAAAUGAAAUAUCAGCACUGUGGCUCUUACUUUGGACCUUUCACACAGCUUAGCUUAUUUCACCCCACCUUCCUUUCCACUGCUCUGAUAUCCUUGGUGUGGCUGUGUUUUAAUAAAUGUUCU